AUAGAAUGAGAAGGAAUAAAUACUUGUAAUGUUAUUAUUGUUACCAUUUUUAUUUUAUUUAUUUAUUUAUUUAUGUUAUUAUUUAUUUAUUUAUUUUAUUUGUUAUCAGUGUUUUAUGUGAAAUCGACUUAAUCGAAUUUAAUACUUUGUAAUGUCCCCACUGAACUAUAUGACAAAACAGAGGUAAAUUGCUGUUCGACGAUGGGGAAUAUAUACAGCAGAUCUCUAUGAAAUCACACUCAUGCACCGGCUGUCAGUCAGCCCUCAGAUUGGCAGAAGAGUCUCGCAGCUGAUUGGUUCUACUCACAUAUGACGCAGAUGACGUACUGAACUCAAACACGUGGGUCUCACAUAAACAAAGACACAUUGGCAGACUGAGCUCUACAUUCCAGUGUUGAGCUCCGCGCUCUGCGAACCACAAGCCGUACUGGACAUUUACACACUGCAUCACAUGCUUAUGGAUACAAUAUAGUUUUACUGAUGGUCUACUAAGCCAUGCCCUGCGUCCAGGCUCAGUAUGGCUCAUCCCCGCAGGGCGCGAGUCCUGCGUCUCAGAGCUACAGUUACCACACCGGCGGAGAAUACAGCUGCGAUUUCCUCACACCAGAGUUUGUGAAGUUCAGCAUGGAUUUGACCAAUACCGAGAUCACCGCCGCCACCACAUCUCUGCCAAGCUUCAGCACCUUCAUGGACAACUACAACACCAAUUAUGACGUAAAGCCGCCUUGUCUUUACCAGGUACCCCAUUCUGGAGAACAGUCCUCCAUCAAAGUGGAGGAAGUCCAGAUGCACACAUACCAUCAGCAGAACCAUUUGGGCCCUCAGUCAGAGGAGAUGAUGGCCCACUCCGGGCCUAUGUACUUCAAACCGUCCUCACCUCACGCUCCGGGAACGGCGAACUUCCAGGUUCAGCCCAGUCAUAUGUGGGAGGACCCGAGUUCCCUGCACACUUUUCAUCAGAACUAUAUGACCUCACAUAUGAUAGAUCAGCGCAAAAACCCCGUGUCCAGGCUCUCCCUCUUCUCCUUUAAGCAGUCUCCACCCGGAACCCCUGUUUCCAGCUGUCAGAUGCGCUUUGACGGACCUCUCCAUGUGUCCAUGGGGCACGACAGUCCCGGAGCGCACCGAGCCCUGGACAGCCAGAGUUUCGCAUUGCCCAGUGCCAUCAGGAAACAGGCGGGAAUCGCUUUCACGCACUCCUUGCAGCUCAGUCACGGCCAUCAGCUGAUGGACAGUCAGGUGCCGUCACCCCCGUCUAGAGGAUCUCCGUCCACCGAAGGUUUGUGCGCGGUGUGUGGGGACAACGCGGCUUGUCAGCAUUAUGGAGUCCGAACGUGUGAAGGGUGCAAAGGCUUCUUCAAGCGAACAGUACAGAAGAACGCCAAAUAUGUCUGUUUAGCCAAUAAAAACUGUCCUGUGGAUAAACGCAGGAGAAACAGAUGUCAGUAUUGCCGAUUUCAGAAGUGCCUGAUCGUCGGAAUGGUGAAAGAAGUUGUUCGGACCGCCAACUUAAAGGGUCGGCGAGGCCGUUUACCCUCCAAACCCAAAAGUCCGCAGGAAUCCUCGCCCCCCUCUCCGCCCGUCAGUUUGAUCAGCGCUCUGGUCAGGGCUCAUGUGGACUCCAACCCUUCUAUGAGCAGCCUCGACUACACCAGAUUCCAAGCCAACCCGGACUACCAACUGAGCGGAGAUGACACACAGCACAUCCAGCAGUUCUACGACCUCCUCACCGGAUCCAUGGAGAUCAUCCGCGGAUGGGCAGAAAAGAUUCCCGGAUUCACGGACCAGCCUAAACCGGACCAGGACUUGCUGUUCGAGUCUGCCUUCCUGGAGCUUUUCGUGCUGCGCCUGGCGUACAGGUCCAACCCGAUGGAAGGCAAACUCAUCUUCUGUAACGGGGUGGUGCUGCACAGGCUUCAGUGCGUCCGUGGAUUUGGCGAGUGGAUUGACUCUAUAGUGGAGUUCUCGUCUAAUCUCCAGAACAUGAAUUUAGACAUAUCUGCUUUCUCAUGCAUCGCAGCCCUAGCCAUGGUCACAGAGAGACACGGACUGAAAGAACCCAAGAGAGUGGAGGACCUUCAAAACAAGAUAGUAAACUGUCUGAAAGAUCAAGUCACUUUCAAUGGAGGCGGCUUGAAUCGUCCAAACUAUUUGUCCAAACUGUUGGGUAAACUGCCAGAACUGCGCACACUGUGCACACAGGGUCUGCAGCGCAUCUUCUACCUAAAACUAGAAGAUCUGGUCCCACCGCCAGCAAUAAUUGACAAACUGUUUCUUGACACUCUGCCCUUUUAAACCGCGAGAGAAGAAGAAGAAGAUGAAGAUCAAAUAAAAUUAAAAAAACGUUUUCAACCUCAGAGCACUUCCACUGACUCUCUUGAAAACUGAAAGGCUGAUUUUUUUAUUUUUUUUAAUCCACCAGUCAUUGUCAAAUGACUUGCUCUCUCGGAGAAAAAAAAGGAGAAAAAAUGAUUCAACAAUCUAAAGCCUGGGAAACACCACGCGAAAUAAUAAUAUUAACUUUUGUCAUCGGCAAGUGAUUUUGGCCCUUUACGCUCUUGCAAUUAAAGGUGCUUCGCGAUGCCAUAGAAUAACCUUUUUGUCUACAUGGUUCCCUAAAGAACCUUUAACAUCUGAAGAACCUUUCUGUUUCACAAAAGCUUCUUCAGAUUUUA